AUGAGUAAAUUAUUCAGAUCUAAGCUUCAUUCCAGAGAAACUAAAAAAAAGCUUUGUAUUUCCUACUUACGGCCCAUAGUAAUGUAUGGGUGCGAAACGCGGUCCACCACUAAAGGGGACGAGACAAAGCUUUUAAUAUUUGAAAGAAAGAUCCUCAGAAGAAUAUAUGGUCCCAUGUAUAAUACGGAAACAGGGGAGUUAGAAAGGAGAACAAAUGCAAAUAUUGAAAGAAUCUUUAAUGGACCAAAUAUCCAAAAAUAUCUUGUCUCAAAGAGACUGGAAUGGGCUGGUCACAUAUGGCGAGAUAAGGACAGCCAAAUGAGACAAGUUGUGAUAUCUAAACCAAAUAAAACACGCCCCAGAAGACCACGUCAGCGUUGGAUGGACCGGGUAAAGAAAGACUUAAUGCAAGUAGAUGAAACUGCAAUAAUUGAGGAUGCAGACAACAGAGAUCGAUGGAGAGGCAUAGUAGAAGCAGCGAAGGGCCUUAAUGGCCUGUUGAAGCUAUUAAAAAAAAAAAAAAAUCAUAAAUCUACAUAUUCUAAGAACACGCCUGUCGAUAAUAUAAACGAUCAAAUCGAACAAGACAUUUCAAUUAAUACUACUGAUUCUAAGGCAACCUCAGCUACUUUAGAAUGGGUUUUAGACCUUGGUAAUUGGGAUUCUGGACCUGUACGUCCAAUAUUAAAGCUGCGAGUGACCGGAGCCAGAACUGGUCACGGGAUCAAUGUCCAUGCCGAAACUGGCCACGGAAGAUAA